AUGAUCCGCGAUAAUGGUCCGAUAUUCCAAGCCUUCGUUGCGUCCAUGUUCACGUGGGGUGUUACAGCCCUGGGCGCUGCGGUUGUCUUCUUUCUACCACCACACAGCAAGAAACUGCUAGAUGUAAGUUUGGGUUUUGCGGCCGGCGUAAUGACCGCAGCAUCAUUCUGGAGUUUAUUGGCACCCGCUAUUGAGAUCUCUGAGGCUACUAUGGGUGCUUUGGCUUUUAUUCCGGUUGCAGUGGGAUUUGCAGCCGGAUCAGCGUUUGUUUGUUUGGCUGAUCGUAUUAUGCCUGAGUUGGUUUUUUUU